GAUUAUUACCAGCUUUCUAAAUUAAUAUCUCACCAAAAUGCGGUUAUGUUAUAAAUUGCUCACUCAAAGGUGUUUUGUUUCUUUGUUGCGGCUGUUUUAGACUUUAUUCUACAUUAACUUGCAGCCAUGACUUCUGAAUCCAUAGUUCACAGUCAUGAAGCAGAUGAAAAACACGUUGAUGCCAUGAACUGGGAUAAACUGGAAUUUGGGGUAAUUCCAACCGAUUACAUGUACAUUAUGAUAUGUUCCGAUGGAGAGAAUUUUUCACAAGGCCAUCUCGCUCCCUAUAGAAAGAUUGAGCUCAGCCCAUUUGCUGGAAUCUUGAAUUAUGGACAGGGAAUAUUAGAAGGUCUCAAGGCAAUCAGGACGAAAGAUGGUCGCAUUCAGCUCUUUCGUCCAGAAGAGAACGCUCUAAGAAUGAAGAUGGGCGCAGAGAGAUUGUGCAUGCCAUGUCCAUCUACUGAGCAAUUUCUUGCUGCUUUAAAACAAGCAGUCCUUGCCAACAAGCGUUGGGUACCACCUUCAGGGAAAGGAGUAUUGUAUAUUAGGCCAUUGCUCAUUGGAAGUGGUCCUGUUCUUGGCUUGGGGUCAGCAACAGAGUACACAUUCCUAAUAUUUGCUACUCCAAUUGGUAGUUAUCACAAGAGUGGCAGCACCAUGAAUUUGUACAUUGAGAAUGAGGUUCGUAGGGCCACUCCUGGUGGAACUGGAGGCAUCAAAAGCAUCACCAACUAUUCACCAAUUUUUAGAACAGUACAAAAGGCUAGGGCCAAAGGGUUCACUGAUGUCCUCUUUCUGGAUGCAGCCACUGGAAAAAAUAUUGAGGAGUGUUCUUCAUCUAAUAUUUUCAUUGUGAAGGAUAAUGUGAUUUUAACUCCACCAACCAAUGGAACUGUCCUUCCAGGGAUCACAAGGAAAAGCAUCAUAGAAAUUGCUCUCCAUCUCAAUUACGUGGUGGAGGAACGUGACGUUUCACUAGAGGAUGUGUUGGCUGCUGAUGAAGUUUUCUGUACUGGGACUGCUGUGGAUGUCAUUGCCGUUUCUAGCAUAACAUAUGGUGACAAAAGGGUUGAAUACAGAAGAGGGAAAGAAACUGUGUUUUGCAAACUGCGUGAAAUGCUUACUGAGAUUCAAACAGGUUUGAUUGAGGACAAAAUGGGGUGGACCUUGCUCAUUGAUUGAGCUGCUGCUUGAUCCCCGUUUCAAUUACAAUGAAGCAUGUGCGUUCAUAAUAUGAACUUCGUAUGGAUACCAAAUAAAUUGAGAUGUUUUUCAUGUU